AUGCCGUUUGCGGCAUUCGAUGAAUCAUUGAACGAGGGUGGCGAGCGAGUAUUUCCGGUGCUUGCCGAAAGUCAUAUGCUCAUAAAAGCUUGCGAGAUCAAAAUGGGAAGAGGAGUUAACAUCGUCUUGGGGAUCGACUUUGGAACAACCUUCAGCGGGAUUGCUUGGGCGCUUGAAGGUGGCCCUAGAGACAUUGAAAUCGUGUCCACCUGGCCUGGAGGAGGAAAUCGCACCGCGUUGAAAGUGCCCUCUAUUAUUUCGUACGAGAAAGAGAUUCCAAAGUGGGGCUAUCAAGUUGGUUCUUUGUGCGAAGUAGUUCGUGGCUCCAAGCUUUUGCUAGACGAAAGCCAGAACCUGGAAUAUGCACCGUCACUAGCCUCUAAGGCCCUGCUGGCAAAAUUCGGCAAAGAUGCUGUUCAGGUCUCCGGAGAGUAUCUAGGAUAUCUCGUUGUACAUGUGAAGGACACGCUCCAACGACGCUUCGGAGAUGCUGCGAAGUCAAUGGAGCUCAAGUUUGUGCUUACUGUGCCCGCAGUGUGGUCCGACAAAGCAAAAGAUGCAACACUUCGAGCCGCUAUAAUAGCUGGUGUCGACUCCCAGAAAAUCUUCCUUGUGUCGGAGCCGGAAGCUGCCGCUCUGCAUUCACUGCGGACAAUCCAGCCAAACUCAAUCAUGAAAGGCGAUGUUCUAGUGGUGUGUGAUGCAGGUGGUGGGACUGUGGACCUAAUCGCUUAUAAAAUUCAAGAUGUCGAUCCAUUGAGCCUGGAGGAAGUCACAGAGGGAACGGGGGCCGUUUGCGGAUCCCUUUUACUUGACGAGAGAUUCGAACGCUUCUUGAUGAAGAAAGUUGGGCUAGAGAACUAUCAAUCUCUGCCAACAAAGUCCAAAGAAGCUGCUGUUUGUUUUUGGAGAGACAUGGUGAAGCCUACCUUCGGUGAGGAAUCCGACUGCGAUUUUCUAGAUGUGAAUCAUUUCAUUCCGCUUCCAGGAGCAGCAGAUCAACCUGAAAAGGGUGUUGAUAGUGGAUUCGUUCAACUUGACGGUGUUGAGAUCGAAGAGAUUUUCGAGCCGAUAGUGUCAAGAGUCGAAGAAUUGGUACGGGCGCAGCUUGAGAAGAUUUCCCAUCUCCGACUUCACACGAAGGCCAUCGUUCUUGUUGGGGGGUUUGGGUCCUCAAAAUAUGUCUUCCACCGCUUAAAUAGAAGUACUCCUUCUAUUACAGUAUUGCAGCCCCCAAAUGCGUAA